UCCCACUAGUUCACUUUAUCUUCCCUUUUCUCUCUCUAGAUUUCUGCUACUUCUCCCUCUCAUGUGUUCAUUUCAUCUCCCCCAUCUCUCUCUAGGAUUCCUCUCUCUCUACCCUCUCGCAUUCCACCCAUGGGCGCUCCUUCAGAUUUCAUCAGAAUUUUUUCCACGAUCCAGUCGCGAGUUGGAGGAAGGAUCUGCGGGAUUGAAGCAAGGAGGGAGGAGGGGAUGGCGGAGCGCAGAAAUUACCAGGCCAAGGGUUCCUCUCUCUCAUCUCGCAUCCACCAGCGAUUCCUGGAUCCCAAUCGAGGGUUGGAGAAAGCAUCUGCAGGAUUGAAGCGGAGGAGAAGGGAUGAGGGUGGAAGCGCAGAAAUCAGGCCAAGGAGGUCAUGGGCAUCAGGGCGUGCGAUUUCGAAAUCCGGUGAGGGAUCCGUUGGUCCCGAUGGAGGGGAAAUGAAAGCUGCAUACUGGAUCCGCUUGGUGUUUGGUGGCCUAAAAGUUCAUCCGAUGACAAUUGGCAGCAGUUUUAGUUGCAGCUCAACCUCGUUUUUGGUUCAUGAGCAGCUUUGUAGCACUUGUUGUAGCUUUAAUCUUUUUAUUCGUCAGUAUAACAGUAGAGGCAAUUAGG